AGGGGGUUAAAGGACAGCAAACUUGAGGAAUGGCGAGGAGGAGAACUGCUAUUUCAGAGUCAGGCUGGGAUUGGUUGAAGCCUGUGGGUCCACUGGAGGUGUCUCUUGACCAUUUGCCUUUCUUACUCUUCUUGCCACCUCCUUCUUCCUUAAGGCACAUCAAUGUUGGCAGUGACUUUCAGGCUGAGCUCCCUGAGCUGCAGACCAGACCGCCAAGUGAAGAUGAAGAGCGUGCAACCCUGGUCUGGAAGCCCUGGGAGGAAGAUGACUCUGACAUGGAGAAAUCGGACAGAGAUAGCUGUCAAGAUUUUUUUCCACCCCUGAGAUACUCGGUAAGAGAACUGUUGGACAUGGCCAGCUCCCGUGGCAUGCCCGGGGCAGCAGCUAAGCUGGAGCUCGCCCUGCACUGCCUGCACCAGGCACGCGGCAGCAUUUCGGAGGCUCUGGAGAUGUUGUUCUCAGGGGGGCUACUAGUGCCUCAAGGCCAUCCCUUGGCUGAAUAUCAUUACGCAGGCUCUGAUAGAUGGACACCUGAGGAGAAGGAGUCCUUCCGAAAGGCUUUCCACACCUAUGGCAAGGAUUUUCAUCUCAUCCAGAAGCAGAUUCAGAGUAAGACCGUGGCACAGUGUGUGGAGUACUACUACUCCUUGAAAAAAGAGCAUAAACUAGUCAGCAUUCGUGCUCAGACUGUGGCCGAAGCAAAGAGGAGCAAAAGCCCUCCCAGAAAGGAGAACGGGGAGCCAGGGAAGAGAAGCCGCAAGAGGGCUCGCAGCGCCGAGUGUCCCUGGUGCCAGCCGCAGCAGCCACGCCAUUCGGCAAGAGGCCCCUUUCCCUGCGGGCUGUGCAAACGGGUGUUUGAAACCAUGAAGGAAAGGAACAAACACAGGAGAAGGCAUCGCCCACGGAAGGAAGCAGGGCCUCUCCCCAAGAAGAAAAAAGCAAAUUAGGCCUGCAGCUGUCCAGGGCUAGCAAGAGUUAGCUGUCAAGAGAACUAGAUAGAAAUAAGAUUGUUUGUUAAGUUUUUAGGGUUGUUUAUUCUUCUACUUAGUUUACUAGAUUGUAAUAUCUCCAUUUAUUCGUUAAGAUUCAUGAGUAUUAUUAAAGAUGUAUUAGUAUUAUUAGAUUUAUCAAUAAAUGUAAGAGGUUUGGUGUUC